UGGGUAAUCUAAUCACCUGGAUUACAAUUUAGAUUAGGCCUCAAGUCACAUCCCAUCAUAAUGUCAGGUAGUAAGAGUAUAAUGGAGCGUUUUCUGAAUUUGAAAAGAAAAUCACCACCACCCACAAGCAAUGAUCCUAGUCAUGAUGAAAGUCCAUCAAACGUUAGACGUACUAUACGCCCAUGUCCUUUGCCGGCCACUUCAACUCCAAGCAGGAUAGGAGGUAAAGUUAGAGCAGACCAGGUAGAUUUGGAUAAGCUACCCCACGAUCCAGCCGAUAGGAGGAGAAUAUCAGAAUAUAUAGGACCAAAGCUACAAGAUGAAGUAAGGCGGAGAUAUUUGAUUAGAGGUCCGCAUAGGCCACAACCUGGCUUCAAGUAUCCACAGAAGAGGAUAGGCAAUAUUUUACGCCGGUUUAAUCAUAAAUGGUUUGGAGACUAUCACUGGCUAGAGUACAGUGAGGAGAAGCAUGCUGCCUUUUGCUUACAUUGCUACUUGUUCAGAGAUUCCAUUGAAGGACAAGGAGGGAAUGACGCAUUUGUAGUUGACGGUUUUGAUUGUUGGAACAAGCCGGAAAGACUUCGUGACCAUGUGGGCAAAUCUCCUAAUAGUUUUCAUAAUACGACAGUCAAAAGAUGUGAUAAUUUGCUGAAACAUAACCAAUCAGUUGUUAUUGCUCUCGACAAGCAAAGCAAAGUCACUGAAAAGGAGUAUAUGAUUCGAUUGAACAAUUCCAUAAGUGCUGCUCGAUACUUGCUGCAUCAAGGUCUAGCAUUCCGUGGUCAUGAUGAAUCAGAAGAGUCUAAGAACAAAGGAAAUUUUCGAGAGUUAUCAAUUCUUUUGGCAGAGCAAAAUGAGAACACAAAGAGAGAACAAAUGGCUGUAGUUUUGCGGUAUGUCGACGAGUUCGGAGCAGUCCAAGAAAGACUUAUUGGUGUUGUUCAUGUGAAUGAGACAUCUGCUUCAUGUCUCAAAUCCGGCAUUGAUCAGUUGUUCAAGAAGUAUGGAUUGAACGUAAAACAAGUUCGAGGCCAAGGGUACGACGGGGCUAGCAACAUGAGAGUAGCUAAAAAGAAUGAUGAUGUUAGUGACUUCUUUGACAUGAUAGCCCUUCUGCUUAAUGUGGCCGGAGCUUCUUGUAAACGAAAAGACUUGAUUAGGGAGAGUCAGCAAGAAAGAGUGAAGAAAGGUAUUGGUUGUGGACAACUUAGUACUGGAACGGGAUUAAAUCAAGAGCUAUCACUUCAAAGAGCUGGAGACACUCGUUGGGGUUCUCACUAUAAAACUCUUCGGAGCAUACUUAACUUGUUCCCAGAUGUUAUUGAAGUACUCAAGUAUGUUGAAAAAGAUGGGCCAAGUGAUGCAAAGAAGCGUCAAGCUCGUGGUCUUUUAGAUUAUGUUACUGAUUUUGACUUCGUGUUUCAUCUACACUUGAUGUUUCUUAUCUUGGGACAUGCAAAUGCUUUAUCUCUAUCUUUACAGAGGAAAGAUAAGGACAUCUUGGAGGCUAUGGUAGAGGUGAAGUUAACCAAGCAAAAAUUUCAGAAAAUCAGAGAUGACGGUUGGGAGUCUCUAUUGGAGAGAACUCACUCAUUUUGUGAGCUGUAUGAUAUUCCUAAGUUGGAUAUGGAAGAAGAGUAUAUAGACCGGCAUAAACCAAGGAAAAAAACCAACCGCACUAACUAUCAGCACUACAGAUAUGAUUGCCUCAACCCUGUUAUUGACUUGCAGCUUGCAGAGUUCAAUGAUCGUUUUAAUGAAGUAAAUUCGAGCCUUCUUACCCGAAUGGCUGCAUUCUGUCCAAAAGAUUCCUUUGAAGCUUUCGAUGUUGAGAGCUUAGUUGAUUUGGCUAAGUCCUAUCCAGAUGAUUUUGAUUCUAUCCAGUUGAAGGAACUUGCUCAUGAGCUUCCUUUCUACAUUGAUAAUGUGCGAGCAGACGAAAGAUUUACAGGCCUGAAAACUAUUUCUGAACUUGGUAAGCUGAUGGUUAGUACAAAUAAGCAUCUUGCUUUUCCUUUGGUCUAUCAGCUCCUGAAGCUAGUAUUAGUGCUGCCUGUCGCAACUGCAUCAGUGGAGAGAUGUUUCUCUGGAAUGAAAAUAGUGAAGACUGUGCUACGUAAUCGCAUUGGUGAUGAUUUCAUGAACUACUGCAUCAUUUGUUUCUUGGAGCAAAGACUUCUAUAUUCAACUUCACGUAAGGAUGUAAUAGAUUACUUUUUGAAGAUGAAAGAACGUAGAGGUCAAGAAAAAUAGAGAGGUAACUACUUUUGUAAUCAGUUUUAGGAUACAUUCGCAACUAUUAUUAUUUUUAUU